CCGUCCGUCUUCCUUUACCAACCCCGCAUCCACUUACAUCUAACCUUUCUAAUUAGUGCUCUACUAAUUUGACUCACCAUUCACCAACCCUCAUCUUCUCACUUCUCUGAAUUCUCCUCUCGACGCCACACUCCUUCAUCCUCCUCCUCCUCAUUUUGCUCCCAAAUCGCUCUCUCCUUUCUGAUUCUUGGAGCCCAUUCAGAGGCCUGCAAGAGCCCAAAAAAAAAAGUCUUCUGGAGCAGCAAAAUAUUACCAGAUGGGUAGCGAAACAAAGGCCUUCACCCUGUCUCAAGUUUCUGAGCACAACCAUUCCAAGGACUGUUGGCUCGUCAUUGGUGGCAAGGUAUAUGAUGUGACAAAAUUCUUGGAAGACCAUCCUGGAGGUGAUGAGGUUUUGUUAUCUGCAACAGGGAAGGAUGCAACGGAUGAUUUUGAGGAUGUGGGCCACAGCACCAGUGCAAGAGCAAUGAUGGAUGAGAUGUGUGUAGGUGAGAUUGAUACAUCAACCAUCCCUUCCAGAACCAAGUACACCCCGCCCAACCAGCCUCACUACAACCAGGACAAGACAUCGGAGUUCGUCAUCAAGCUCCUCCAGUUCUUGGUUCCUUUGAUCAUAUUGGGGGUGGCUGUUGGCAUCCGUUUCUAUACCAAAUCAUCAGCUUGAAAGCUAAUGUUGUAUUAGAACAUCAUCCAUAAUAAGACUCUGAUCGUGAGAGGAUUCCACAGCCCCCUUCGUCUUCAUCUUGGAAAUCUAAACCUAUUCAAUCUGUUAAAUUUAAGGGGAGGAAGUACAAUGUUUCACCUUCCUUGCCAUCGAACACAUCGGUUUUGGUGUUAGUUUCUUUGAUAUGUGUUGCAUCUGAGUUGAUCGAGCUUGUUCUGAUCUCCGUAACUUAGCCUUCAGAAACAGUUCAUUUUCUGUUAACGUGCAUGUUCCGUAGUUUUCUGGUCAUCACAAACCAAUUUUGUUUGUUA